UCCAGAGCUGAGGCUGUCACUGCGUCCAUCUUCGUUGCGGCUUCCUUUUCACAUGAGGGCAGUGUACUAGAGUGCAUUACAACCGUCCAAGCUCGCAACGUGACUAUAUGAACACUCUACCCGCACUCGACCAAGAUCCUGCCAAGGACGUCGUUGCAGCUCGCCGUAUGCGAUGUCCGCCUAUCCUCGUAUCCGCAUGCCCUCCCACUCCUCUGCUGCAGCGCCACGAAAGACGUCACAGGUGGACCGUGAUGAGCACCCCGUAGAUUGGUCCUACUAUUCCCAUCUCAUGAAGGACCACGACGAAGCAAUGGUCCAAAACUGGAAGGAAGAAGUCGAUACCUUACUAGUCUUUGCUGGUUUGUUCUCGGCGGUCGUCACGGCUUUCAACAUAGAGGCGUACAAGCUUCUCCAGCCAGACCCAUCGCUAUCCACGAUACAAGCCUUGGAGACAAUCUCGCAUCAGCUCCAACAACUUGGUGGCAACUUUACGUCUGCCGCGGUACCGCGUCCUACGUCGGGUCCCACCCAGGGCCGUGCCUCUGCCCAGAGCGUGCGUAUCAACGUACUUUGGUUUACCAGUCUUGUGUGCGCGCUCUUCUCCGCCCUCCUGGGAAUCAUGGUCAAGCAAUGGCUUCGCGAAUACAUGGCUGCCGUAUCCCUCUCCUCCCGCGACAGCGUCCGAUUGCGGCAGCAUCGUUUCGAGGGACUGAUCGCAUGGCAUGUCCCGGAGAUCAUGGCGUUCCUUCCCAUCCUGCUCGAGGCAUCCUUGAUAUUAUUCCUAGCCGGACUCGUCGACUUCCUGUUCUUGCUGCAGCCACUCGUCGCCGGUAUUAUCACGUCCCUCGUUGGGGCCGUCUUGCUCUUCUAUGUCGUUAGCACCAUCGCGCCCGCAUUCUCCGGCCGCUGCCCUUAUAAAUCCCCGCAGUCCUGGGCAAUAAUCCGG